GCUUUCUUAUUCUGUUGGUGCUCCUUUCCUAUGCAACUAUAUAUCUUCUUGUGGACUUCUUUCUGGUGUAUUUGAUGAUAAGGAAUUCAAAGCUAGAUAGAUAGGGGUUAAAAAAACUGUUAGCCAUCCAUGGAGGAAUCUUUGGCUGGUAAUUCGAGUGAUGAUGCGAAGAGUACUGCUUGCCCUAGAGGUCACUGGAGACCAGCUGAGGACGACAAACUCAGGCAACUUGUUGAGCAAUAUGGUGCACAAAACUGGAAUUCUAUUGCAGAGAAGCUCCAAGGAAGAUCAGGGAAGAGUUGCAGAUUGAGGUGGUUUAAUCAACUUGAUCCUAGAAUCAACAGGAGACCUUUCAGUGAAGAGGAAGAAGAGAGACUACUAGCAGCUCAUCGGAUUCAUGGAAACAAAUGGGCACUCAUAGCCAGACUAUUUCCAGGUCGAACAGAUAAUGCUGUGAAAAAUCAUUGGCAUGUCAUAAUGGCAAGAAAGCAAAGGGAACAGUCCAAGCUAUGUGGAAAGAGAAGUUAUCAAGAUAAUCUAAGUGAAUCCAAUGCCACUAAUAGUUCACAUGCAGGGAAAUCAAGAGCUCAAGAUGUGUUCAAUUCAAGAAUUGGAUUUGAUGACUCUAGAGUCUUGGAAUUUCGAAACCCCGGUAAAGAUAGGAUAUUGUCAAUAUCUCCUUCUGGCUCUUCACCUUCUUGGAAUUUCGCCCCAUCAACUAUAGCAGCUUCAAACAAUUCUUCUUCGGUGGAUUUAUCGAGAAGGGAAGGAAGAGAUAAUUACUUCAAUUCAAGUUUAUUUUGCACCACCGAGAGCUCUAAAUUAAUCUCCGAUCAACCUAUUUAUAGAUACUAUAUGAAUUCUUCGGUGUGUGGCAGCUACCGGAGUUCAAGUAUAUUCGGGCUUCCAAACUAUAGAAGGGUUGUUCCAAGUUCUUUUGGAUCAUACCUUAAACUUGGAGAUGAUUGUGAAAACCACGGAAUGAUCAAGAAAGAGUUGGCAAGUUGCCAUAAUUCAUCGACAUUAAAGAAUUUAAGAGCGACGAGUAGUCAUCAAGAGAAAGGAGAUCAUGAAUCUAUCAAACACAAGGAUGUUCCUUUCAUAGAUUUUCUUGGUGUGGGUAUAUCUUCUUGAUCACCCAAAAAGACUCUAAUUACAUUUUGUCAUAUCUAUGAUAGUUUAGUGCUUACACUUUC